AUGCACUGCUUUCGCCGCUUUCUACAGGUGGUCAGUGGGUUCGGUCCCUCCUUCCGAUGGCGCACGUUUUCGAAAUCAAUCGACGACACCCGUGUACCGGUGCUACACGAGGAGGAUCUAGAGGAAUCGUUCGUCCGAGGCAGUGGCCCUGGUGGACAGUCGGUCGCCAAAACGAACAACAAAGUAGUCCUAACGCACAAACCGACCGGUCUUGUUGUCCAUUGCCAUACGAGCCGUUCCUUGUUUGAGAAUCGCCGAGAAGCCCGCAAACUACUCGUCGCCAAACUGGACCAGCUGCUUAACGGCGAGCAGUCGGUUAACCAGCAACGAAAGGUUAUCGAACAGCGUAAGCAAACAGAAAAUUUGCGACGUAAGAUGCGUCUUCAGGCGAAGAAGAAAGCCUGGAAAGAGCGGGAAUCUACGGAAGGUAGUAAAGAACCGUCGCCACACGUCGAGUAGAAAGUUGUUUGGUAGUUUUGAUAGGAAUUUUUAUAUUUUAAACAAUAAAUACAGAGUAAAAGAUUGUGUAGCAUCACCACGAA